AUGGGGAUCAAAGGUCUCUGGCAGGCCCUGCGCGAGUAUGUCGACGAUGGCCAUCUCUCCCAGUUUCGCGGCCAGCGGGUGGCGGUAGACAUGUAUGUGUGGCUACACCGAUGCGUGCAUCGCUCUGUGCGCAUCCGCACGGAGGCCGUCAUCGCCUUCUUCGACGCCAAGUACAGCAGCAUCACGGGGAGUACAGGGGCCGAUUCGUUAGACAGCAGAGGUGAUACCGCGACACUGGCGUCGCCGUCGCCGGCACCGUUGUCCCUGGACGACAUCCUUGUCAUUGACGAUCAAUUUGUUACACUGGUGCUAGACAAGGUGUCGGCUUUGCAGCGCUUUGGUGUCAUUCCUGUUUGCGUCUUCGAUGGAGCUGAAAUGCCGAUGAAGGGCGGCACCGAUGAGGAACGACAGCGGCGGCGAGCAGAGGCCUUUCAAGGGGCGCUGACCAAGCUGGAGCAGCUCUAUUGCGAUGCGCGGCGUCGUCGCGGGUGCACGGCGGAGGACCAUGCGGAUGGCGCGCGUAUCGCACUUCCGCGAGACACCCGCCCCUACGAGGAGGCCGUUCAACUGCUAGCGAAGGCUGCCGACAUUUCGACAGAGUUGGCACACGCCGUUAUCCAAGUGCUGAAGGAGGAACGCCAUGUGGAGUGCAUCGUCGCGCCGUACGAGGCGGAUGCACAGCUGGCCUACCUCUGCCGUCAGGGUUACGUAGUGGCGGCAGCGUCGGAGGACUCUGACUUGAUCGCGUACUACUGCCCCUGUAUCAUCUCCAAGCUGGACACCUUCUCAGGCAAGUGCGAGGUGCUGCAGCCACCGCUGUGCGCCCCGCACUUCUUUCGACGUAUGGCCGCAACACGCGUCACCACCUCCACCGCUGCCACCAUGCUGCUGAAGUCCGCUACUGCUAACCGACGCGCGGCAGCCGUCGACGAUGCGAUUGGCCACGGGCAUGAUGGAGUGAACAGUGUCCACGCCCGCAUGCGAGCCUCUGCGCUCAAGUCUCUCCAGUGCCCACAUUACUCCUUCAAUGGGGCUGUUGGUGCAAGCACGGACGAGGGCGCUAUCAGCGCCGCAGUCGCAACCGCCUUUACCUACGAGUCCUUUCUGCUUGGCUGCAUCUUGAGUGGGUGCGACUACGUCCCCAACCUGCGCUCCAUCGGGGUGAAGAAGGCGUUCAAGCUGGUGGCGCACGCCACCUCGCUGCGGCAGUGCUUCACCACACUGGAACGCGAAUUCGGAUUUCCCGCGGACGAGCUGAGGCGCUAUCGGCACCGCAUCUUGGAGGCGUUUUACUGCUUCGCACACCACCUCGUGUACUCACCCCUCACUCAGGAGAUCGUGACGUACCAUCCCCUGCCUGGCACCGACCGCGGCGGGACCGCUGAGCUCAAGACGCGGCUGGUCGGUCAAAGGUGGUCUGCGCAGAUUGCGCAGGAGGUGUGCGUGCAGUGCCUCAAGGACCCGUGUACCCUGCAGCUGUAUAGAGGGGUGUAUCAGCCAUGCGUCACGCAGUACCUGCAGCGGACGAGGCGCGGGCAGACCUCGCUGAGGGCCUACGCCGGCUUCCAGGAGAUGUCGUCGAGCCGUGUUGUAGUGCAUGUGGAGAAGCAGCAGCGAGACGGACUGGCCACCUCGCAGCGAGAGCAUGCCCAGUGUAGCUUUGGCCCACCCUUGAAGAAGCAGCGUGUUGCCUCCGGAUUUCUCGGCAGCAGCGCUGCACUGCCACAGACAUCGUCGUCAUCGCAGCAGCCCGCAGAGGUGGUGGUUGUUCGAUCGAGGUUCUUCAUGGUGCGCGGGCGCACCGCGGUGUGCGAGCAGUGGUCCACCAGCGAAACGGACAAUGAAGAGGAUGUGGAGAGUGGCGAGUCAAAGGAGCCCAUGGUGGUGCCCGGGCGAGCAGCUGUCUGCCCAGCAGACCCAAUGAUCGACCCCAACACCGGCUGCCGCAGCCCUUUCUCGUCUCUGGCGCGCCGCCCAUCAUCUCCGGCGUUGCUCUCGAUCACAAGGGCGGCCAGCGGCACUCUCACCGAUGACUCCGCCAGCGGGGUUGGGUCUACAGUGACUUCGACCGUGCGCUGCACCGCUGGCAUGACUGGAGCGAACGGGACGUGGGAAAUGGCGGAUGUCAGUGACACCAGCGACUGCGCUAAGCUUGAUGAGACUGCCGAGCGCUUGUCCACCGUCUCCUGGAUGGGCAUGGAUGGGGCAUCUGCGAGCGCUGCAUCCCUGCUCUGCAGAACUAGUUCAACUCUGUUCAUGGGGGAUUCGGAAAGCAUGAGGGAUGAGGAGUGCGGGGUGGAGGGUGAGGACAUGGCAAGGCGCGCGCCGGUGGUGAGGGAAGGGGCGCGAAAAGUUGGCGGCCUGACAGAGAUUCCAGGCGUAGAGCCGUAUGUGCAUGGCAUCGCUCAAGACACUAAUUCGACAGUAGAGGCUGCAGGGGCGCAAGGCAUGUCCUCUGCGCCAUCGCCGCCACGCUGCGAUUGCCCGUUUGGCUACUGGCAGUGCAACCGCGCUCACUCUGUGUUCGAGUCUUGCUUCGUUGGGCGGCAUUGGAGCCAUGACGAAGGGCCGCUGCUGUCAUCGUCCUUGGAGCGGCCGACGGCACGUGCGUCUGCUUCGGUGACUGGCUCUUCAGCAACACUGUCUCCUUCACCAGCGAGUCCUCUGCAGCGAUCAGCUAUGUCGCCGGUUGGCAGUGUCGCUAGUGGGUAUGUGUCGCGCGCUUUUCGCCCUCCGCGCUCCACUGCGGCCGCCUCAGCUCCGCCCCUCCCCGCCGCAGGCAAAUCGCAGGCCACACCUCUGCACGUCUGCAACACGAACGCCAAGGGUGUGGACUUGGCUGUGCUGCGGUCGUCUUCGAAGGCAGAGCCUUUGACAGCCGCACCGCUGACAUUGUUGCCCUCCUCAGCAUUUCUGUCGUCUCCAGCGGAUGGGGACGCCACGAGCCGUGCAGCCCCACCGCCGCUGCCGACUCCCCCAGCUGCCGUGCACGUGGCUAUCUUUGAGAAGAUGUCGUUCAAGAAGACAUAG